AUGUCGGAACGAUAUUAUACACUUGCAGAGGGAUGUCCUUUCGCUAGCAGCAGCACUGCUGUGUUGAUGCAGAAUCAACAGGGAGGAGGGCUUGGUCUGCUCCAGGACACCCAACUCAUCGAGACCCUAGCGCAUUUUUCCCGCGAGCGAAUUCCAGAACGUGUUGUCCACGCCAAAGCUGUGGGCGCAUAUGGAGAAUUCGAAGCGACUGCAGACUGUUCGGAUAUUACUUCCGCUAGCUUUCUGAAAAAGGCUGGAAAAAAGACCCCGGUUCUCCUUCGUGUCUCCACUGUCGGUCCUGAGUCGGGCUCUGCUGAUACCGCACGCGAUGUUCAUGGCUGGGGAAUGAAACUCUAUACUGACGAGGGAAAUCUGGACUGGGUAUUUAAUAACACACCUGUGUUCUUCAUCCGGGAUCCCAUCAAGUUCCCUUCCAUGAAUCGUUCUCACAAGAGACACCCUCAGACUCAUCUUCCUGAUGCGAACAUGUUCUGGGACUUCCAUGUGGGUAACCCAGAAGGCAUCCAUGAACUGCUUCAUCUCUUCAGUGACCGCGGAACUCCCUCCUCCAUUCGUCGUAUAAAUUCCUACAGUGGACAUACCUACAAGUUCACUAAAGAGGAUGGAUCAUUUAAAUACAUCAAAGUCCAUAUUAAAACCCAGCAAGGGGUCAAAAAUUUCACCCGCGAAGAGGCAACAAGAAUUGCCGGUGAAGAUCCGGAUUAUCUAAUUCGUGAUAUGUUUGACGCAAUUGCCAGAAAAGACUACCCAGUGUGGAAUGUCUAUGUCCAAGUCAUGGACCCGUCAGAGGCCGAGAACUACCGAUGGAAUAUAUUCGAUAUGACCAAAGUGUGGUCACAUCACGAUUUCCCCCUGCGUCAAAUCGGCAAAUUGACUUUGAAUCGCAAUCCUCGCAAUUAUUUUACCGACAUUGAACAAGCCGCGUUCUCCCCAUCUACCAUGGUACCAGGUUGGUCUGCUUCAGCCGAUCCUGUCCUUCAAGCACGGUUGUUCGCAUACCCCGAUGCGGCACGCUACCGUCUGGGUGUCAACUAUCAGCAGCUUCCCACAAAUGCUGCCAAGGUGCCCGUCUACUGUCCGUUCGAGAGAGAUGGCAAGAUGAGAUUCGAUGAUAAUUACGGCGGUGACCCUAAUUAUGUGAAUUCAUCGCUCCAGCCCACCAAGUUCUACCCCGAUAUCAAGGGCACGAGCCCUCAGUCCCUGAGUCUGCACACAGACCAUGAGAAAUGGGUUGGAGAAGUCGUGACCUUCACGAGCCAUAUCACGAAUGAUGACUUUGUUCAACCGGCUGCUUUGUGGGAAGUUAUUGGCCGAGACCCUGGGCAUCAAGAUAGACUUAUUGGGAACCUGGCUUCUACCGUGAAGAAUGUUGAUUCCGCUCGACUUCGCAAUGAAGUAUAUGCACUAUUUGCUCGUGUCAACCAGGAUCUUGGUGCUCGGCUGAAGAAUGUUACUGAAGCAGCUAUCAAAAAGUAA